GUGCUACCAUGGUGCCGGGGCGUCGCAGAAAGCACGGCUUAUGAAGGAAUGGAUUUUCAACGAGAUGGUGCUCGGAACGUUGACGAAGUAUUCGCGUGGAACAGGAUAACAUCAGCGUUGGACUCACACAAGGAAUAAUGCGGAAUAUAGGUGGUUGAUUGUCCAGCUUCUUCGGACUUGGGAGUCGGUGGGCAUGAGGAAUUAACCCGUCGGUUCCAAAUGUUAUCGCCUUAAUUGGACUUACCAGAAGGAAUUGGAAUAUUUAUGAAGAGGACUUGAGGAUACAAAAUGUUUUUUCUUCAGUUGUUUUAUUUUUUUGUCUUAUUGAAGGAAGUGAUCACAGCCUCCGUUGACGACGUUGCCAGACUCCACAGAACUAUCUUCCAUAAAUACAAUAGAGUUAUCCCUCCUGUGUAUAAUCAGUCACACAGUGUUAGCGUCAACCUGUCACUGUUCCUUCUCAUGAUACACGAUUUGGAUAUGAAAAACCAAGUGUUAACAACAAGCGGGUGGUUGAAUAUACAAUGGGAAGACGAAUUCCUCAAGUGGAACAAAAGCGAUUACGGAGGAGUGGAGGAUAUCUCAGUGUCGCAGAAAAAGAUUUGGCUCCCAGAUUUGCUUAUAGAAAACACAGCACAAAAUUUUGCUGAACUUGGAAAUUCAGCAAUGUUAGUGAGCAUCGAUUACGAUGGGAAAAUAUUCUGGGAACCAGGAUUUGUGGCUAAGACUAUAUGUGAGGUUAAUAUUGGAAAGUACCCCUUUGACUAUCAGUUGUGUGAGAUUAAGUUCCUGACCUGGAUGCACACAAACAGGACAUUAGAGGUGUUUCCUGGGACAGGAGAAGUAAGUUUAGACGCGUGCAUCCCCAACGGUGAAUGGGACAUUACAGCGACAGAAGCAGAGUCUUAUUUUUACCCUUCGACUUACAGACCCGGAACGAAACACACUGGAGUAACGUUCAGGAUACACCUUCAAAGAAAAAGGACUUUUUACGUGCUCAAUACUAUUGUACCGGUAGUGAUGCUCUCCCUUCUUAACGUGCUUGUGUUUCUACUUCCGGCUAGUUCCGGUGAGAAGAUGGCGCUGGCUGUCACGGUGCUGCUCUCCUUCACAGUGUACCUUAGUAUAAUCAGUGAAGUUAUGCCGAAAACUUCAGAGAGUAUCUCCAUACUUGCCGUCUACCUGACUGUCCUGCUGUCCCUUAGCACAAUGUCCGUCUUAUCCUCGGGCGUUGUUAUGAAUAUGAUCCAUCAGAAGCCAGAUCGACCAAUACCAAAAUGGGUCAACUGUCUCCUGUGUUGUCGACUCCGAGAACUGAGGGCGGAGAAGCGAAAACAGGUCGAGACCGACAAACAGCAAAGCUCCACACUACGUCGCUACGAAAACGGCGAUGCGAAACGACGACACUCGGAUUCAGAUUCGAAAAUAUACCCGGAAAAUAUGUCUCUCAUGGAUCCAAAGACGGACAAAGAAGGAACAAUUGGACACGAGUUCUCUGUGUUGUAUGAUGAGACUGAAUUUGAUUUUAACAAGUAUGAUCCACUCCAGGACAUAACAUGGAUAGAGGUGGGGGAUGCGGUGGACAACCUUCUUUUCUGGGUUUUCCUCAUGUUAACACUGGCCUCAACGUCAGUUGUAUUCCUCAUGUUUUCGUUUUAAAUAAAUCAUCCUGUAAAUACUUGUAGUAUGUAGUAUACCGAUUGUUCAAUUUGACAUGUGUGAUAUAACGUUAAUUUACAAAUGUUACUUCUGAAAUUGAUAAGCUAUUUAAUGUCAUUCAUUCAAGCAUUCAUCGUAAAUAUUGAGUACACAACGUCCCUUAUCAUAGAAGAACGUUUUGCAUUUGUUGCAGUCAGUGUGUACAAUGACUGAAAUUUUCACUUAAGCAAUUCAAAGACUGCCUAAAUAUUUCAUUCAGUGUCCAUUUAUUUUAUUAUGAUGACGAAUUCCAAACAUUUAGAUGUUUCACUACCACUGAAUAUGAAUAGGAUUAAAAGAAAGCGAAAGUCAACUUAUAUUCAAGCACAUUUUUUUAACUUGAGCUUGAACUCCCUACUGAUUUUGAGUAGAUCUGGCAAAUACAUGGACAGAGUUUUCAUCAAUUUGUAAAAUGGUAGAAAUAUUUAGGCAUUAUGUAAAUUGCCUAAAUGAAUCACAUUUUACACGUUUACUGUAACAGAUAUACACGACCGUGCAGUAUUGAAGAUGUUGAACGUUAGGAUAACAUUCUACCUGUGUUGUUUCAAAUUUUAUCUUUAAAUUAUUCUGGUUUAUAUUUAACGUUGAACCUUACUUCUGAAUAAUGUGAUGUAUCUAGCAUUGGUGUGUAACACGUAUUAACUUAUCAGGACAUCAUAUAAUUGAAGAAGCUACCGUAAGCUCCUCCAUGAAACAUAGCACCAGUAGAUUACAGAUGGGAUUGUUAAACGUUGACAAGAAAUGCAGUAGGGGUCUAACUAACUUGGCAUUCAAAGUAUGACGGAUGAAAGAAUAUCUUUGCUUUGAAUUGUCAAAUAUAGUUACUGCAUAUGCAACGCUUAACAGUCCCCUUAAACAGAACAUUACUAGAUGAUUCUCAAUGAAAGAUUUAGCUAUGCGACCCGAAUGUCAAAUGUGACGUUAUUAAUUAUCUAAGGAAUAUGUUAUAUGCAGGCAUAAAAAUAGGUUCAAGGUAUUAAUGUUCAAUUUAAUUGUUUUUACCUAAUCUGUCUUAUAAUACUUGAUCAUCUGACGUCUUCAAAUACAUAAAACUAGUCUGUAUUUCACUCAGUGUACAUCGAUAAAGUAGAUACAAUUUCAUCAUAAUGUACAUGUUGGAAAUCUAAUGCAACAAUGCAAUAAUACUCUUUGUAACAUUUGCGGGUGAAAAAACCCCAUUGUGUCCCAAUGCACUAACAUUGAAAUUGUUUAGUUAAAUUCAAAAGAUUUACACGGCAGUAUCAUGUGAGAAGUAUACAUGUACAUAUACAUUAUAUGACAUAAAUUAUUUUUCAUUUGUCAAAGUUUGUUACGUUGACUGUAUAUACAUUUUAUAUAAGUGCAUGUACUUAUGGUAAUUCUAACAAUGUGGUUACUAUCUGCCCUGCCCUUAAUUACGAGAUUGUAUACAAUUUUAAACGCUGGGUAUUUAGUUCUUUAUGAAUGUACGCAUAACAGGUUUUGGUUGGAACAAAAUGAUGAUUAUAAAUGUGUAUUUUGUGUCUCGUCCCCAAUUAAAGGAUUAUAGGUAAAAGUGUCACUUACGCAUUUACACAAAUAUUGCAUAUAAAUGACACGGGGGUGUGAUCAGAAAUUAUUUUUCACAUUUUAUGAAAUGGGUGGUUGGAUAUUAAACUGACUAAUCCAGGCACAGAAUGAUUUAAACGUUACACUUAAACGUUUGUGGGAGAUGUUCUUCUCCAAUGAUGUCCGAAAAAACACUAUUUGCAAAUAACACUAGACCAAGUUCAAAGUACCAAUUUAUUGUAAUGCGAUUUCACAUGAAUGAUGAACACAUGAAUACAUUAAAUAUGUGAAUGCUAAUAUUUCAUUUAGCAAACCAGUCUUGGUUGUACCAAUGACAAAGACGACCAAGUAUUAUCAACGGUUGAACGUUUUAAUGACAAAGACGAUCUCGUAUAAUCAAGGGUUGGUUGUUUUAAUGACAAAGACGAUAUCGUUAUGUAAAAUGUUGAAUGUUGUUAUGACAAAGACGACCUCGUAUUAUUAUGGGUUGAUUGUACUAGUGACAAAUCCAAUCUUUUAAUAUAAAGGUGGGCGGUCGGGUAGCCUAGUGGUUAAUGUGUUCGGAAGUCGGGUUCGAUUCCCGACAUGGAUACAAUGUGUGAAGCCCAUUUCUGGUGUCCCCCGCCGUGAUAUUGCUGGAAUAUUGCUACAAGCGGCGUAAAACCAUACUCACUCACUCACUUUAAUACCAAGGACUGUUUGUAACAAUCACAAAGGCGAUCGCGUUAUGUAAAGGGUUGACUGUACAAAUGACAAAGACGAUCUCGCAAUCUCAAGGUAUGACUGUACUAUUGACAAGGACGAUCUCGUGUGUAAAGGGUUGUUUGUACUAAUGACAAAUCCGAUCUUGUAAUACCAAGGGCUGAUUGUACCAAUGACGAAGACGAUCGCAUUAUGUAAAGGGUUGUUUGUACUAAUGACAAAGACGGUCUCGUAAUAUCAAGGGUUGAUUGCAUUAAUGGCAAAGACGACCUCGUUAGGUAAAGUGGUGAUUCGAUUAAUGACGAAGACGAACUCGUACUGUUAAUGAUUACAUGUAUUAAUAUCAAGGACAAUCUCAAUGGCUGAAUGUACUGAUGGCAAAGACUACCUCGGUUUACCAAGGGUUCGAUUAUAUUAAUGACAAAGACGAUGUCGUUACGUAAAGGGUUGUUUACACUGAAGAAAAAGACGGAUCUCGUUUUAUCAAGAGUUUCGUGUACUAAUGACAAAAACGAAUUCUAAACGGAUUAUGGUAUUGUACACUCAAAACGCAUAACCGGUUAGUUCCUAAUCAUCAUCAUCGAAUAUAUUCAUUUGGACAGGGUCUGAUAGAAUUCACUAUAAUAUAUGAGUUAGGUUAAAUGUGAAGAUAUUUCUUAAAAACAAGUGUAUGCAUUUUUGUCGUGUGCUCACCUGAUGUUUUUCCCUGGCCCGUGUAUGUUGUGCGCCAGUACAAAAUGUUUAAUCGACUGCACGCUUGUAGAUCUGAAACAUGUAUUUGAGCACAGGAGUCCGUAUCUAAAAAUAGACACC